AUGGUGAAGAAGGAGAAAAAACCGAAUGUAAGUGGCUACUUUUGCUUGUUGUUUGUUUUUCAACUGAUGUAGGUCAUGUUCGAGCUAAAUCUGAUCGGAUUUGGGGGAUUUAUUGGGUGGAAAAAAGGCUUUUGAAAAUUUGAAGGACCUGAUAGCUAAAAUAAGGUCUGGAUGUCAAAUUUUCUACGUUUUUGAUAAAGAUAUGUAGUUUAAAAGCUAGAGUAGAUCCUGAGCUUUAUUUUGAUAUCACCUUUUGCCAUGGAGAUUAGGAUUUUGCCCUUCUUUCACCAUAUUUUAGGUAACGUUGCAUCAAGGCUGCCUAGAAUAGGAUAAUUUGAUAAAAUUUUUGGUAAUUUUAGAAAAUGAUUGUCUAAUAAUGAUAGAAUAUGCUUUAAUCUUACUUCUGCGUCCAACUUACAUUAAAAUUUGAGUCAGUUUCGUACCUUUUUACCUUGUUUUAGGUAUAAGAAUGGGACUGUUACCUAAAACAAGGUUUAUUGGUCGAUUUUUUUGAAAUUUGUUGAAAAUCUAGAUUGUACAUUAUAGAUGAAGAUGCGUAUUUUAAUUUUCAUAUUCAAUUUUGCAGAAAGAUUCAUGAUUUGUUUCGAAUUUUACCUUAUUUUAGGUUUAGAUAGCUGUUUUGAUAGAAAACUUUAAAUUUCUUGCUAAAAACUGCAAAAUCCUGUAAGGUUAUAGAUAUCUAGUCCUAGUAUAUAAAUAAUUCAAGGUCUUAUGCCGUAUUUUACCUCAUUUCCAAUCAAUUUCAGGCCUCAAAAUCCGCAAAUUCGGCGUCACUGUCUUACCCCGCAAUAUUCCUCAUUGUCGUCGGUUCCAUCGCCUUAGGAUUUUAUGCCAAAGACCUCAAGGAACUCCUAGUCAAAUCCUUCUCGAAUUCCGAGCUAUAUUCCCCGUCAAAUCAGCCAUUAUCAGAUGCCAAGGAGAAUAUAAUUUAUCGCGGACCUCAACGAAUUCUGACCUCGAAACCCGAGGAAUUGAACGAAAUUGAACAAAGAUUAAAAUUAGAGAUCGAUGAAUUCAAUUUUGAUCCUGUGGGCCCGGGCGCGUUCAAUAAACCCACAAUUUUGCCGGAAAAUUUGAAGAAAAAGUCGGAGGAGCGAUAUUCCGAGAACAAUUUUGAUGUGGUCGUCUCGGAUUUGGUCUCAAUUAAUCGAGCAUUAACUGACGUCCGAAAUCAUGCGUGAGUUUUUAAGAAUUUUGCUGAUUUUUUGAAGGAAAAAUGAGAUUUGUUGAAGAUUUUGGCCGAUUUUUGCCUAAAAUAAUGUUUUUAGAUGCCAGAAACGCUUCACCGACCAACUUUCAAUUGCCAAUCUGCCAAACACAUCUUUGAUUAUCGUUUUCCACAACGAGGCAUUCAGCACUUUGAUCAGAACUUUGCAUUCGAUCAUCCAAAGGACUCCUCUUCAGCUGAUCCAUGAGAUCAUUUUGGUGGAUGAUCAGAGUGAUCGAGGUGAGAAGUUGAAGAAAUGGGCUUAUUUUUUUAUUUGAGAGCCGGAUCGACAGAAAAAAUCAGGGUUUUUGACAUUAAAACGUUGUUUUAGGCAAAAGGUAGCUGGUAAUGUCUAAAAUAAGGUCUAAAGACAAAAAUUGUAUAAGCUUUUUCUGGGUUUUUGUGCUUAUAUUGUAGUAUAGGGUCUGUUCUACUACGUAAAGUUUAGUUUACCUUUUACUUUCAAAAAAUUUGACAAUAAAAUCUUGUUUUAGACAAAAGAUGGCUGUUAACGCCUAAAAUAAGGUCAAAGGACGAAAAUAGCCCAUGAUUUCUUUGAAUUCUUGUGUUUACUUUGUAGUAUAGGGUCUGUUCUAUAACGGAAAGAUUCAACUUAUCCUUAACUUUCAAAAAAAUUGACAUCAAACCCUUGUUUUACACAAAAAUCAUCAAUUUUUACCUAAAAUAAGGUUUAAAGACGAAAAUAGCCCACGAUUUUUUUGAGUUUUGUGUUUAUAUUGUAGUAUGGGGUCUGUUCUACUGCGUAAAGUUUAGUUUACCUUUUACUUUCAACAAAUUUGACAAUAAAACCUUGUUUUAGACAAAAGAUAGCUGGUAAUGCCUAAAAUAAGGUCAAAACACGAAAAUAGCCCUAAAAUUUCUUCGAUUUUUUGUGCUUCCCUUGUAGCAUAGGGUCCGUUCUAUGACGGAAGGUUUUAAUUUGCCCUUAACUUUCAAAAAAUUGGGCAUUAAAACCUUGUUUAGAUAAAAAUCACCAAUUUUUACCUAAAAUAAGGUAAAAUGGGUUGAAAAAUUGUAUUUCCUCUGUGGAAUUUAGUUUGAAAAUUAAUAAAAAUGUGGGUACUUUCUAGUGCGACAUGAAAUUUUCUCAGAAAUUAAAAUUUUUGGUUUGAAAUUUUGAAUUCAUCACCAUAUUUUAGCUAAAAAAUUUUUUAUAAGUUAUAUAUGCUGACUCUAAAUUGAUUCAAAUUGAAGGUUGACCCUUUUGAGACUAUGAUUUUUCUUUCCAGACUGGCUAAAAGAGCCUCUCCAACGAUACUUGGACGAAUUUCCAUUCAAAAACAUAAAAUUGAUCCGUUUACCCGAAAGAAGUGGGUUGAUCAAAGCUCGGCUGGUGGCUAGCGACGCCGCAUCUGGUCAGGUAAGAAAUUUGACAGUCAAGUAGAAGUUUGAGUGUUGUUUUUGAAGGGUUUUGUGAGUGAAAACACAAAAAAGAGCGAUUUUUGACUCAAAAAUGGAAAUAUUUCAGUUUUUUCGAGAAAAAAUCGCUUGAGUCAUACUGAGUAUUUUAAAAUAUUGUUUUUAAAAAAAUUCAUCCAUUUUUCACAUUUUUGUGACCAAAAUAUCGAAAAAAUCCCGAUUUUCUCUCAAAAAAUAUUUAUAAACUAAAUUAUUCGUUAUAAAAAUCGUUCGUUAUAUCCGAAAACUGUCUAAAACAACUUUUUGUAGCUUUAUUUAUUCCAAACAAUCCCAAUCCCCCCGCUUUUCCCCGUUUCUUCAUCGAAACGAAGCGCCUGAGCUGCCGGCCCAAGUAGUAUAGUGGUUAGUACUCCACGUUGUGGCCGUGGCGACACAGGUUCGAUUCCUGUCUUGGGCAGCUCUUCUUUUUUGCGUAUUUUUGGGCGGAAAAGAAGGAAAAGCAAUGGGAUUUUGAAUAUAAAUUGUGUUUUUGGUCUUUUUUUGUUGUUUUAGAGGGACAAAUCAGUACAAUUUUUCGAUUUUUGGAGGAAAUUUGAGGUUUUUUGAGAGAAAGUUUGAAUUUUUGGGGGAUUUUUGUAAUUUUUGUUGGGAAAUGGAUAAAAAUGAGAGUGAAUAAGAGGGAAUUUGGUUGUAAAAAGUAUUCUUGAGGUGUCUACCUUAUUUUAGAGGGGGUAAUCAAUAAAAUUUGAGGAUUUUUACUGGAAAAUUUUUGAAUUUUUUUUGGAUUUUUUGAUUUUUUAUUCGAGGGAAUCAACAACGAUUCGUAUUUUACAAUAUAAAGGCAUUUUCAGUAGUAGACUGUAUUUUUUGUGGUAUUUUAGGUCCUUCUCUUCCUGGACGCCCAUAUUGAAGUAACGAAAAACUGGCUUCAGCCCCUUUUAACCCGAGUCCAUGAAGAACCGAAUGUCCUCGUGGCCCCGUUGAUCGAUGUGAUCGACCUGGACACUUUCGAAUACCGCACAACCAUCGAUGGUUUGGUCGGCGGCUUCAAUUGGCGUCUCACUUAUAACUGGGGAAAUUUGGACGAAAUCGAAGCCAAAAGAAGAGCCGGAAAUCAUGCGGAACCAUUCAAGUAGGUCCUAGAAAGAAUUUAGAGGGUGGUUGAAGCGAGUUUAGAGGGAAGGGGUACUGUAAUUUGAGGGAAAAUUAAGAUUUUUUGAAGAUUUUGAAGAGUUUUGGCGAAAAAUCAGGAAAUUUUGGAAUUUUUCGGAUGAAUAAAGUCGUAUUUUAGGAAAAAUGGGAUAUAAGAGUUCUGUAAAUAUAACGUGAAGUACAAUGUAACACAUCAGAAUGGAAUAAAAAGCGAAAUUUUGCUUCAAAUUGAACAAGAAAUAGAAAAUAGCGAAAUUUCCCUCAAAAAAUUUCAAAUUUCUGCGAAAAACUCAGAAAAUCUUGCUAUGCACUCCCUAAAACAACAAAAAAAGACCAAAAUUACAAUUUGUAUUCAAAAUCCCACUGAUUUUCCUUCUUUUCCGCCCAAAAAUACGCAAAAAAGAAGAGCUGCCCAAGACAGGAAUCGAACCUGUGUCGCCACGGCCACAACGUGGAGUACUAACCACUAUACUACUUGGGCCGGCAGCUCAGGCGCUUCGUUUCGGUGAAGAAACGGGGAAAAGGAGGGGGGAUUGGGAUGGUUUGGAAUAAAUAAAGUUACAAAAAGUUGUUUUAGAGAGGUUUCGGAUAUAACGAACUAUUUUUAUAACGAAUAAUCAUAGUUAUAAAUAUUUUUGGAUGGAAAGUCGGGAUUUUUUCGAUUUUUGUUAUAAAAAUAUGAAAAAUGGAUGAAUUUUUAUGGGGGUUUGUUUUUUAGGUAUCUAAAUGUAGGAGGCAUGGUAUAAAAAUACUAUUUUCAGGACCCCAGUGAUUGCCGGCGGAUUAUUCGCGGUUCGCCGCGAGUAUUUCUAUCAAAUUGGAACGUACGAUGAAGAUAUGAAAGUUUGGGGAGGGGAAAACGUCGAAAUCUCAAUGAGAGUAGGUUUAUGAUUUCCGAUAGGCCAUAUAUGGUCUUAUUUUAGGUGUGGCGUUGUGGUGGCCAACUGGAAAUCCACCCGUGUUCGAGAGUGGGCCAUGUGUUCAGAAAGGUGACCCCUUACACAUUCCCCGGCGGAAUCGAGGAAAUGAUCACUCAUAAUGAGCUGAGAACCGCUCUGGUAUGGCUGGACGAAUAUCUGCCGUUUUACACGAACACGCAUCCAUGUAGGUUGGGUCCCACCACGAAAAUUUGAAAUGGCUUGGCAUUGGGAAAUUUUAUGUUAUAGAUACUGAGUGAGAUUUGAGGAACACGUUUUUAAAAUUUUUUUAGGUUAGGGACAUUUUAUACGAUGAAAAAUGACAAAAAAGUUUUUGAUGACCAAGUGUAAUAUAAUUGAUACUUUUACCUGCUAUAAAUACUGAAUGAGAGUUGAGGAACAUAUUUAUAAAAUUUUUUAGAUUAGAUGACAUUUUAUACGAUGAAAAAUGGCAAAAAAUUUUUUGAUGACCAAGUUUAAUAUAAUUGAUAUUUUUACCUGCUAUAAAUGUUGAAUAAGAGUUGAGGAACACGUUUUUUAAAAUUUUUUAGGUUAGGGACGUUUUAUACGAUGAAAAAUGGCAAAAAGUUUUUUGAUGACCAAGUGUAAUAUAAUUGAUAUUUUUACCUUUUCAGUCUCACAAAAAGUCAGUCCCGGAUCGGUGGAGAAGCGUCUGGCUCUCCGGGAGAAACUGCAAUGCAAAUCUUUCCGAUGGUACAUCACCAACAUCUACCGAACCUCCCCUUUUCCGCUGGACUUUCACUUUUUGGCCAGAAUUCGCAGUGUCCAAGACGAUUUCCUGGUGGAUUCGCGACAACAAAAACAAGGCAAACUCUUUAUUGCGGCUUUUGAAAACUUUGGAAACCAUCAGCUGUGGGUUUUCGAUAAACAGGGAGUACUUUAUAAUGAUCAUGCUUGUAUUGCUAUUGUUGGUGGAAAUGUGGAAGUUAUUCCGUUUGAGCAUAAGCUGGAAGGAUGUGCGAGGUUCGAAUACGAGAAACAGGUAAGCAGGGAUGUUUUGAGAGGAUUUGCACUGGUUUUGGGAGAUUUUGAGCACUUGACCCUGAUUUUCAGGGUUUUCGUGGCGAGACCUAAAUUGGAGAGAAAAUGUUGGGAUUUUUGGGCAAAAAGUGAUUGGGUUUGGUGGAAUAGAAGAUAAAUAAUGUGAUUAGUAAAAAAGUUUUUUAAUCUUGUGAUUUUUUAAUUGAAUUUUGACAAUCUUUUGAAAAAAUGGGUCUCGCCGGGAAAGUUUUUAAUUUGAUUUUUUGAUGGGAGAAAAGGAUGCAGUUUGCAAAUUAGAGUUUUAAACCUUGUAAAAUGCCCAUUGCAGAGUGAAAAAAAUUAUUUUUAGGCCCAGCGAUUCAUCGAAAAGUCCUCGGGACUCUGCUUGGGAAGAAAUGGCGCCCUGGCCAUACUGGACCAAUGCGAUCGCCCACUAACUACCGAAUGGAAAGUUGAAGAGCUCGCGACUCCAUCAGAAUAG